AUGUGCGGUCCAUGUGAUGAUGGCGACAGCCAAGUUCUUGGCAGCGCGGUCAACCUGCACGAGCAUUGGAGGCUAGGACUCCCAGCUCCCAUCAUGCACAUGAAGAGCCUGCAGAGAUGGGGCAUCACCGUCAAGGCGAAGCGGCAGCUCGAGCAAGACAUCCGACGCAUCUGCAUCAGCUUUGGCAUACCCGUUGCCGCCAUACAGUUCCGAGAGCAGCGGGACUUUCUCGCGCCGUGCGACCCCCGGCGCUGGAUGCACAAGCGCACAAAUCUACACGUGCACAUUGCGACACCAUCAACCUUGGAUCCCGACAGUUUGGAUCAAGACAGUCUGGAAAUUGUGCCACAGUACUGCCUACAGCUUUUGGCGUCGUACAAUAUUGUGGAUGUUACAUGCCAGAUCGUGACCAGCCUUCACGAUGACAGCAACACGUGCAAGCUCAGGGUCAUCUGCGAUCCGUAUGAGGGCGUCCUGCAUCGUGAAACAGUCCAGACGUUGGAUGGCAUGACCAUCAAGGAGUGGCUCGACUCUCGACGACAACUACCGAUUCUGGGGGACCCGCAUGCGCAAGGUUCAUGCGUGGCCUGCAAACUCAGGGAAUCCAUGGUGUUCAAGUGCAAGGCUGUGCUUCGGCGGGCUUAUGAGGCUGACAGAAGAUCUCACCAGCCAUGGACGAUACCAUAUCAGAGGGGACCGUUUCUUUGGUGGUUACUGGAUGGGCACCUUCUCUUUGCCCACAUGGAUGAGGAAGAAAUGGGGAUACGUGUGUUCUCGUGCUCGCAUGCCACUUUGGAUGUCGUGGGGGCACGCAAGGAAAGGUUACACGGGACAACAAUUGCUGCCUCGGACUGUAUGGACUGCUGGAAAACUCACGAGGAGAAUCUUUCAGAGGCAGACACUCUUGUCAUGUCGGACGAUGAGGAUGAGUGA